AUGUUCUUGUCGUCACCUAGGAAAAAGAGUUUGGCGACUUACUCGAAACAAACACCGCGAACCAAUCACUGCUCGACUCUCGCUUCACCAACCUCAGAUGAUCGACAACACCGCAAGGGACGCGUUACGUUGACGUCUCCUGUUCGUGCAGAAACUCCUCUCACUAGUCCGAGCUCAAUUUCCCUGUCACCUUCUUUCCUCAGCGAUCACAAAGAUGACCAAGCACAACAAGUCGAACUACCAACGGAACCUCCUUCGGCCCAUGAGCUCGCAUUGGUGACACCAUCAGAUCAGAUCGCGAGGCCCGUGAGCUCCUCCGAACACGAUUCCAUCUCGGACCAUGAACUGACGCCUAUGGAACGUGGCCGCAAGAAGCGUACACGAAGAGACGCGAAGCCUCAGCCUCUAAGCAAGCUAAGGAAAUCACUGAACGUACGACCCAAGAAGUUACGAUUCACAGCGAAACAACCAACAUCUGUCCCCUCAGCAGAAACAAUCCGGGAGAUUGAGAGAGGUGCUGAUGGUUUUGACGAGAUGCAUCUUGUCCUCCUAGCAGUUUCGAGACCAAAGAAAAGAAAGCUCAAGGCACACAGCACCACCGUAGCGUUGGAAACCCUCAUAGGCCCACAUCCACACGUCAACUUUGACGACCCGGAUUGGUUGGCAGUCCCUUACCAAGAUCAUCUUAAACUAGAGCAGAAAGCGACCUACCACACAACCGAGGCCACUAGAGAUGAGUCGAAAUUUGAAGGAGUAGUUAUCGAAAAUGCUCAUCUACAAGUUGAGGAAUUCCGAAGCGCACGCAAGCCGCCCACCAGACCAUCGGCCAAGGAGGUUCUUCUAUAUGCUCAGUUGUCAUCUGUGUCUGCACCAAUUAUGCGACAUCCAUCUUACGACGAAGAAAGCGAGGAACACUACGCAAACAACUUCAUGGACAACGAAGAAGGUGAAGGAGAAGGAUUCGAGCAUAGCAUAGGUGACGGGGAGCUGGGAGAGCAGAGGGCAAGCACAGUCCGCUAG